GAAGGAACUUCUUCUUAAUUCUACUUAUUCAACUUUCAAACUUUAUUUAACAGACAACCAACAAAGUGAAGUCGCGUCAGAAAAAAAGCUCAAAUUUGUUCGAUAAACAAAUAAUAAAAAAAAGUAAUACUUUCCACCUGCCAUCAAUCAAUUUCUCUACGAUAAUCAAACCCACAAAGUAUUGAUUAGAUAACAAACAACACAUUUUUCAAAGCUGCACCAAAGUGUUCGAUUCUAUUCUGUUUUUAGUAUCGAUCAGUUCUUUAACGCGAACAGAGCUAAAUUUUUGUAUUUACUAAAAAAAACUAAGAAACUAAAAUGAAAUAUUUCGGUUUAUUUGUUGCGAUUUUUGUCGCUGUGAUUUCCUUGAUCAGCAGCUCGGAGGCUGCUUGCCCAUGUCCAAGGAAUUAUCAGCCAGUUUGUGGAUCAGAUUCUGUAACCUAUUCCAAUAAAUGUCUAUUGGAUUGUGCCAGCGAGGAAAUGGGAAGGCAAGGACGUAGCAUGCGAAUGCUUAAAAUGGGAUCCUGCUAAGAAAAAGAAGAAGAAGGAUCACAUCAAUUUAUUGUGGAAGAAAUCAUUUUAGAUGACAUUGAAGUUUGGCUAUUGACCUAAAUAUUUGUAACUUUGUUAAUAAAUAAAUGGUUCGUUGGUGUGUUUUGUGUUAAAUAUUUUUCUAACAUAUGUACAUAUGUGUUUCUUAUUUGAAAAUAAAUAAAAUAAAUCACUUUUGAAUUGAA